AAAAAGAGACAAAUCGAUGAGUAUAGCGUUGCUUAAAUUAAGUCGCUCAAAGUUAUAUUAAUUAUUUCUGUAAAAUUUGGGCUUAAUCAAAUGGCAAUUAUUGAACUCCUAACACACGAUAUUUUUUUUAAACUGGGGCUUCUGACUGAUAUGAUUUAGUUAUAUCAUUAUUUUGCCAAGAUUUAUCCGAAUUUAAUUUCACGAAGAUGGAUCUCCUCCUCAAUUAAUCUUUGAAAUGAGGCCAUCUCCAUCUCGUAUACAGUACUUGUAUACGAUCGAUGAGGGAGGCUCAGGCCAAGAGGCUUAGUCUGCUCUUAUUUCGUGAUAAAUUUCGACAGUUUUUGUGAAUUUUGUGCAGUUUUUGGUUGAAAGAACGUAUCGUAUAAUAAUCAUGUCUCGAAUGUUGUCCAAAGAUAUUGCUGACAUUGAGAAUUUGUUGGCCCUGAACCCAACCGUUCCAUCCCAUGCUAAAGUGGUCGUGACCAAAACAACCAAAGAAAACAGGAAGUACUGGAAGCGCAAUGGACCAAAAUCAUGUGCGACAUGCGGAGACCUUGACAAUAACUUUGACGAUGUGAAGCACACAACCCUCAGUGAGAGGGCGGCGAUGCGGGAGGCAGCCCGGUGUCUGAAGUGUGCCGACGCCCCUUGUCAGAAGAGCUGCCCCACCCAGCUAGACAUCAAAGCAUUCAUCACAAGCAUCGCAAACAGGAACUACUACGGAGCCUCCAAAGCUAUCUUCUCUGACAAUCCCCUGGGCCUGACCUGUGGUAUGGUGUGUCCUACCAGCGACCUCUGUGUCGGGGGUUGCAACCUUUACGCUUCGGAGGAGGGACCCAUCAACAUCGGUGGCCUUCAGCAGUUUGCCACAGAGAUCUUCAAGGAGAUGAAGAUACCCCAAAUACAGGACCCCGCCCUUCCAGCUCCCGCCGACCUACCAGACAGCUACCAUUCCAAGGUUGCCCUGAUCGGGUGCGGACCUGCCAGCAUCAGCUGUGCCACCUUCCUGGCCCGUCUGGGAUACACCGACCUGACUGUCUUCGAGAAGGAGGAGUACAUCGGGGGUCUGAGUUCCUCCGAGAUUCCACAGUUCAGGCUGCCUUACGAGGUGGUAUCCUUUGAGGUGGAUCAGAUGAAAGACCUUGGAGUUAAGGUCGAGCUGAAAAAGGGUCUCGGUAUGAACAACAUGACAUUAGAAUCUCUAAGAAGUACUGGCUAUGAAGCUGUCUUUUUAGGAAUUGGCCUUCCCGAGGCAAAGAGGGCAUCGAUCUUCCAGGACCUGACUGUUGAACAGGGUUUUUACACGUCCAAGGAUUUCUUACCCAAAGUAUCUGUGGCCAGUAAAGCAGGAAUGUGUGCUUGCAAGUCUUCUCUACCACAGCUCCAUGGGAGUGUGAUAGUCUUAGGAGCAGGGGACACCGCCUUUGAUUGUGCUACAUCAGCCCUCCGCUGCGGGGCUAGACGUGUCUUCAUUGUAUUCCGCAAGGGUUUCACAACCAUACGAGCUGUUCCCGAAGAGAUGGAUGUUGCGAAAGAAGAGCGAUGCGAGUUCAUGCCAUUCCUCUCGCCCCGCAAGGUGAUUCUAAAGGGUGGACGCAUCGCUGCUCUUGAGCUCUGCCGAACGGAACAAGAUGAUGAGGAUAACUGGAUAGAAGAUGAGGAACAAACGACCCGUCUCAAGGCUGAUUUUAUCAUCUCUGCGUUUGGGUCUACUCUGCUCAAUGAAGAAGUCAAGGCAGCUCUGUCGCCGAUCACCUUCAAUAAGUGGGGUCUCCCAGAGGUAUCCUCAGACACCAUGCAGUCCAGUGAACCGUGGGCAUUCUGUGGGGGAGACUUGGGAGGCGUCGCUCAGACCACAGUGGAAUCGGUCAACGACGGCAAGACAGCCGCUUGGUUCAUGCACAAAUACCUACAGUCUCUUCAUGGCAUACCGGUUCCCAGUACCCCUGCCCUGCCUAAAUUCUACACCCCUAUUGACCUGGUAGACACCAGCGUGGACAUAUGUGGACUCAAGUUCCCUAACCCUUAUGGGCUGGCCAGUGCCCCGCCCACCACCUCUGCCCCCAUGAUCAGACGUGCCUUUGAAGCAGGAUGGGGCUUCGCCGUCACCAAGACAUACUCGUUGGAUAAGGACUUUGUGACCAACAUAUCGCCUCGCAUCGUCCGCGGGACCACCUCCGGGAACAUGUACGGGCCAGGUCAGGGGUCGUUCCUCAACAUUGAGCUGAUCAGUGAGAAGACUGCUGCGUACUGGUGUAAGAUUGUCACAGAGCUCAAGAGGGACUUCCCCGAUCGCAUCGUCAUCGCGAGUAUCAUGUGCAGCUUCAACAAGGAUGACUGGACCAAACUGGCCAAGAUGUCUGAGGAAGCUGGUGCCGAUGCCCUAGAGUUGAACCUGUCUUGCCCUCAUGGUAUGGGUGAGAGGGGAAUGGGUCUCGCAUGUGGGCAGGAUCCGGAGCUUGUUCUGAACAUCUGCCGCUGGGUGAGAGCAGCGAUCAAGAUUCCCUUCUUCGCCAAGCUGACACCCAACGUGACCAACAUUGUGGACAUUGCCAGAGCAGCCAAAGAAGGCAAUGCUGACGGGGUAACCGCCACCAACACGGUAUCCGGACUCAUGGGGCUGAAGGCCAACUCCAACGCCUGGCCGGCCAUCGGCAAGCAGAAGAAGACCACGUACGGAGGAGUCUCUGGCAACGCCAUCCGACCCAUCGCACUCAAGGCUGUUUCCGCCAUAGCAAAUAAUAUCCCCGGUUUCCCUAUCCUUGCCACCGGAGGCAUCGACUCCGCAGAAGCCGCCUUGCAGUUCCUCCAUGCAGGGGCUAGUGCUGUUCAGGUGUGCAGUGCCAUCCAGAACCAAGACUUCACAUUGAUAGAGGACUAUGUGACAGGGUUGAAGGCAUUGCUGUACCUGGAGAGUUUGGACGGACUAGGAGAUUGGGAUGGUCAGAGCCCACCUACGGUCAGGCACCAGAAAGGCAAGCCAGUCAGGGUGGCCGACGUCAUUGGCAAGCAUCUUCCAUCCUUUGGUCCUUACCAAGAGGAGAGGAUAAAGGCGGUGGCUUCCUACAAACGCAACCUAGACCUGACUGGUGAUGAUGAGCAGCCCGAAGCCCAGAGACCUGCUAGACAACCCAAGAAACCUAUCCCAACUAUCAGGGAGGUCAUCGGUAAGGCACUGGACCGGAUCGGCACCUACGGCGAACUGGACAACACGGACCAGGUGGUGGCGCUCAUCGACGAGGAGAUGUGCAUCAACUGCGGCAAGUGCUACAUGACCUGCAACGACAGCGGCUACCAGGCGAUAACCUUUGACCCCAAGACCCACCUGCCCCACGUGACCAAGGACUGCACCGGCUGCACUUUGUGCGUCAGUGUGUGCCCCAUCAUUGACUGUAUCAAGAUGGUGAAAAGGGACGGUCCCUACUCCCCCUAUAGGGGAAUCCCCCUGGCAGUGGGGACAUGCUCUUGAGGUGCCUGUAGUGUUAAGGUUUAUCAGUUAAUGGAGUUAUGGUCGUGAGAACAAGCCCUGGGGAAGAAAUACAUUUGCUUUAUAUGAGUCUUAUAGAGCUUAUAAAGGCAAACUUACUCAUUCUCAUCAGUCAUAAAAACAAUCUAUUGGGGUUGGUAUUAGGAUCAUGCUUAAGUGAUUGAAUAGAGAACCUGUGAAGCGUUUCAUGAAGGGGAUUGCUGGGUGUUUUAUCAGACAAGUCCUAUUUUAUCUGACAGUUACCAUAGUAACAUUCCUUCUCAGUCAAUCAAAAUCAAGUUGUCAGAUCCCGUUUUAUCUGACAGUUACCAUAGUAACAGUGCAUCUCAGCCAAUCAGAAUCAAGGAAAGUUCACAGAUCUGACAACUUGUCAGAUGAAAAUGUUGAUGAAACACCCCCGUCCCCUCCCCCCCCCUGCUUCCGGCUCUCUUUUAGGGGCUUGUUCUCACAUCCAUUCUCUCAUAUGACCAAAUAGCAUAAAGUGUGCUCAUGAACAAGAAACAUUUACCGUCAUGACAAUGUCAUUUUUUCCAUUUAUCAAGGCAGAUUUUAGAAAAAGUAGUCUGGAAUUAGAUUAAUGAAAAUGGUUUAGUCUUUUUUUGUAUUGGGAGUGCUUUGUUAAAGUUAGACUGAUACCCAAUUUUUACUUUGCAUAUGUGUGUUUGUGUGUGCAUGUGUGAUUUGACUUAUACAGACGUGUUUCAAUUGGAUAUGUUGACCGCUAUAUGCUCGUAUUUAAUUUGGAAUGAUAAAAAUUAAAUUUAUAAGUAAUGAUUUCAAUGAUAGCAUUGGCUUAAAAAUAUAUGGGGAAACAUGACAUUUUUUUUCUUUAUAUUGAUUUAUACUUAAUAAUCAAACUCUUUCAUAAUUUCUUUCAUCUUUUUCAAACAGUCAUGCCCUAAACUUGCUUCAGAUUCAUGCUGCAAAGUGCAUUGAAAUUUUUUAAAAGAAAUAAAUAUUUUUUAAAAGAAAGAAAUAAAUCAAAACUAUCCUCAAAUUUACUAUUUACUUAUCAAUUAAACAAAAGUUAUUUUACCAUCAGCAUAGUCUAUCUAGUAUCUACCAAAAACAUGUUCUGUUUUCUCAGGAAUCUAUUAAGAAUAAAUGAUGUAUUCUGGUGAUGUUGGGCGUAGUUACAUGAAGAGAGAAGUAGAGAUACUACUCGGUAAUUAUCUGAAAUUGGUGUUGCUAUAAAUAUGUAAAUUAUUUUAUGUGUACAAAUCAAACCUACCUGAUAGCAAAUAAGCAAAAAUGCAAACUGUACUCGUACUUCAACGUCUAACUGCAAGUAAAAUGAUUUGAUAAAUAUGACACAAAUCUCUCAAAAACAAAAUGCACCCCGACCGCCUCUAGGGCUCGUCUUUCGUUCGAUUAGUGCUCUUGUAUAGACACAUGUUAUAGAACUUAGCCCUUGUACUUCAUUCUUAUACAGUGCAUCCCAGAAAAAAGGAAACCCAUCCUUAGAGCUAGAUAUCACAAUCAUUGAAUAUGAUUCAAUCAUAAAUUGAACACUAAUUGUAAGAAUGAUAACUCUUCUUUGAUUUGGGACCAAAUACUUAAUAGUGAAUUGUUCAUGCAUUGCAGAGUACAAACAAUAUUGAGAUGCUGGAAAGGAUUCGCUUGAGAAUUUGAUCUCCUCUUGUGUAGAGAUAAGUGAAAGAAACACAACGUCCUUUUCUUACAUCAGUGUGCUGCAUCCGUGAUUAAUCUCAACUCAUUUUUCUUCGCAACAUGGUUUUCACAUUAACUUUUUAAAGGUAAAUACCAGUUGUGGUAACGAUUUCAAAAUGAGUUCGAACAGAAUCCAAUAAAAUGACCACCCAAGUGUUUGUAUGUAUAAUUAAAACAUAUGGGCCAAUCGGCUCUGGAAAAAAUUUGUAAUUGCUGAGAAAUUAGCAAAAAAAGCACAGAAUUUCAUAGAAUGUCAGGUAUUUUUACAAGCAAUAUUAAUACACUGUUCCCUCAUAUGCCUUUUUGUGUUAGUUAUCAGAAUUAUCGGUUUUUCAGUUAAGACUUUGCUUUCAAUGUACCAGAUCUAGAUCUAUGGUAAUUAACCUUGAUUUUAAAAGCUUUCUCAUGAAAUAAUUGUUUGCUGCAAUUACUUUCUUUUACCUUUAAACUCUUCUCAUCCAUGUAUGCAUGAGCUAUUCAUAUUAUAUUUGGUAUCAAAAUGAAGAAGAAAAUUUGAAUUUAUGGUUAUGUAAAUGACAAAUUGUAAAUCGCUUGUCAAUGUUGAAAAAAAGGAACAAAAAAUCCUUGUUUCCUUUUUUUGUGGGAUGCACUGAAUGUACAGUAGACACGCGUUCUCAGCAAUCAACAUGCCUUAAAUUGGCCACCUCUGAAGUGGCCGUAUUUGCUGCCGUUUUUCAAAGAAGCAAGGUUUGUAAAUUGACUCUGUAUAGUAUAGAUAGAUUCAAGUGUAAAGUUACUACUAUGGUUUACUUUGUGAGCUUUUUAGCCAGUACCCUUUUCUACCAAAGAAUACUAAUUAUUAUGUGUACUUCCAAUCUCUUAAGACUGCAUUAAUCGAAGCAGAUUAAAAAAAAAAAACCUUUAUGAAAAUACCACUUGCUGUAAUUUGCUAUAAGCUAUUUUGUUCCUCUAUUUUUCUAAAGAUAACAAAGGGAAGUGUACAUUCCCUUGUGAUUUUAAGUUAGAAGUGAUUUAGCUGCUAGUGCCAUAUAUACUCUUUAUAUGAAAUAUGUUUUAGAGUUUUAUUUCCUGUCAAUUUAGCUCAUCUGAAAUUCAAUAUUAUAUAUUUUCUUAUGGUUGGUUUGAUUCAAAGUCUAAUUUUAUAUUGUCCUUUAAAAGUUUUGUGUGGUGUCAAAUUGUGCGGAUGGCAAUUCUAAGAAUAUGAGCAUUUUCAUCAUAUUGCUCGUUAUCUGCAUACACACAUGUAAUCUGUGAUUGUAUUUUUAUUUUAUGAUUGAAAAUUUCACAAAUUUGUCACAUUUACUAAAAAGCUUAUUUUGUGAUAUGAAUAGUGAGAAAUCUUUGAAAUCGCUUUUAUUUUUAAAUGAAUAUUUUUUUUAAAUUAUCUCUAUGUAUGCCUUCAAUGAUAAGAUGACUUUUGUGAGAAUAUGAUUAUCAUUUGGGAAAAUUUAGUGUAUGAUAGCGACUAUUUUGGAACCAUUUGGCUUGCAUGUGAAGAUUAUUUGCAGAAUCUUUUAAAAAACAAGAAAAAUAUAAUUUCAUAGUUUGGCUUAUGUUUUGUGCUUGUAUUCCAUAUUUCCUUCAGAUUUCAGUUAUUUCAUGUAAAUUACAAAAUCAGGUAUGAAAAUGAAAUGACUAAUUAAUACUUUACAAAUGCGUUACAAAAUAUUUUUGUGACACCAAUAAUGCUAGUACUAGUACAUUUUAUCAGUAUUUCCAUAUCCAUAUUUACAUUGCAUUUUUUACAUCAAUGUAACAUAGAUAUUUCAUUGGGUUUUUUCCAUUGCAACCUUAACCAUUUCCAUUUUUGGAAAGAUAUAGGAUUAUAUUUUUGAAAAAGAUAGUUUAGGAAAAUCAUGCCUUCAUCAUUAUUUGAAUUUAUACAGUACAUUAUAUGUAUACAUAUAGAAACAUACCAUUUAUAUGUUUUACCCAAUCAUUUAUGAAAGUCCCUUUUCUACAAGUGUGUUUAGAAAUAAGGCUAUGAAAAUGUAAAAUGUAACAUAUACAUGUAUGCAUAGAAAUUAUUAUUCAAUGUUCAUUCCAGAAAUGUACUCGAUGUAACCAAAUCCCUGCACACAAAAAUGCAUUUCAGAAGAUUAUCAAUAAUAAACGUGACUUGUAAAAAGUGUA